AUGCAAAUAAGGUUCUCUAGAGUCAGAUCAGAUGUGCUACAAUUCAGAAGGUUCUAUUCAUCUCCAGUAUUGCCAGCACCGGCUCUGGUGAAAUCAGCUCCUUUAUCGUCGCCAACUACGGCAUCGCAACAAUCUCCAUCUCAUUCACUAGCACUGCCAUUGCCAUUGCCACAUUUCCAUAGAGACAAUUUUUUUUCAUCCUCAUCCAUAUUUGACCUUGUUACUGACCUGUUUGGGUUAGAGACCAAUCGAAAAAGACGGUGGCAGGAGCUUGUGGAAAAAUAUGCAUAUUCUAUUCAAAUGGACCAAGAUCGAGAAGCCGUGGACCUUCUUCUGAAAAUGAACGAUUUUAUACGAACAGAUGAUGAUUCCUCAGAGUAUUUCUUCUUUCAGUAUGCCGAAUGUCUACAAAUUUGGUUAAAGUUCUUUGCUCGCGAUGAGUCUGCUGGAACGUUUGUAGAUUUGGCGAGGAUUGUUGGCGAAUAUGACAAUUUAUUACUCAAAUCAGGCUUCACUGCAAGAAUCGAGUCUUUGCAAACUGAGGUGUUAAAAGCAGUAAUGAGAUGCUAUUGCAAGGCGAAAUUAGCAAAGAAAUCAGCAUUACAUGUACGACCAAUGAAGGAAUUCUUUAUCAAAUACAUGGAAAAAUACAAAAUCGAUUUUGACCAAUUCAAUGCAGGCUUGGAUCUGACUGAAUUACUGUCAACUUUUGAGGAAAUUUCUGGAGCAAAGUCAACUCUGACUCAAAAUACACAGGAAGCAUUAACAACAACAAUCCUCACACAUCCAAGCCUCUCGAUUGAGCCGUAUUGCGAGGAAUCUGGUGACUUGCAUUUUGAUAGAGUUUGUGACUACAUCGCUGACACCAAGUUUAAAUGGAAAAAUAGACCAAUCGAUGUUCCAUUGUUUUGCUUUUAUGACACUCUUGAAUAUAAAAAGGAAAAAGAUGAAUUUAUGGCCUCUUACAUACAAUUCAACAAGAUUAGGCAGGAAAAUUUAGACAAGUAUUCCCAUAGAAUCGUCAAGAGCGUUGUUCCAAGUGCAAGUAUUCAUAGCAAACAAAAAUUUUCUAAAGAGCUACAAAGCCUAAUACGAAGAUGGGUCAGAGAUACAACAAAGUUUCUCGAACUGAAACUCGGCCACGAAGUGGGACUGAAGGAAGAACAAUCUCUUAAUAAGUUUGAGCCAUAUUUCAAGAUUUUACCCCUUGAAACAAUGGUAAGCCAAUUUAUCCAAAUGUUAAUAGGCUAUAGCGAAUCGAAUGAGAUAGAACUUUACCGAUUGAUUUUGGAGUGGAAGCAACGAGUGCUUAGCCAGUCCGUUACACUGGACCCUAAAAACUUCAAGAGAUCAUUGUUUAAAUUUGUUCUGGACGAUGCAUUUAUUGAGCUUAGCCAAACUUUGGUAAGUGCAAUCAUGCAAUGUUGUCAUUUUCGAGUUGCAGAAAACGAUCUCAAUGCUAUUGCAGAGGAGAUACAAGAAGACGGUGGUAAUAUUGCCGGAGUAAUGGUACCAUUUGCCAUUGAAAGUAUGCAAAAACUAAAAGGCAAUCCCGCACCAGGUUUGUAUCGAGCCUUUACAGAUAUCUUAAAAUCAAAUAAAAAGCACGCAAAGGUUCGCUUUAUUCUUAUAAAUCCAGCAUUAUCAAAAUCAGUCAAGUUGGGUUCGACAUUUGGUGAUCAGCAUUUUUUUCCCCUAUUGUGUCCUCCACAGCCGUGGUUGGGACACAGUACUGGUGGUAUGAUGAAUUCUGCAAUCAAUUUCGUAGCCGGUUUUGACAAACUCCAUCAACGUUUUUUACAAAAAGCACAACUUCAGGGCAAACUAGAUCGUGCAUUCUUGUGCCUUGACCAGAUGGGGAAAACAGGAUGGUGUGUCAAUACAGAUAUUUUGGAUGUGUUUAACAAGGCUAUGGAUUUGCCUUCUGGUCUCUUGAAAAUACCACCUCCUCUAGACACCAUGCCUACUAAACCGAAAGAUCAAACAGCUAGGGAUGUGCGAAAUCAACGUAAGAUAUACGAGACUAUUAAAGCUGUCGCCAAUGCUUAUGGUGUUAAUGGAGAUAUAUUGUUUCAUUGCUAUUUGUUUGAUUUCCGUGGGCGAGCAUAUGCAUUAUCACAGAUAAAUCAUUAUGGUGAAGAUAUUAUGCGAUCGCUUUUCCAGUUUUGGGAAGCAAAGCCAUUGGGAGAGAGAGGUUUUUAUUGGCUCAAGUACCAAUUGGCGUCUCUUUUCAAACCUGGCAAAGAGACAUCGUGCGAGGAAUUUUUUGAAAAACAUAAGAAUAAUAUUUUACAAGCGGCUUCAAAUCCUCUUGAUGAUGAAGCGCUGCGUCGGUGGUGGCUUCAAGCUGAUAAACCAUUCCAAUUUCUUGCAACCUGUAUGGAGGUGGCGAAAGUUUUGAAGCAUCUAGGGAACGGGAAUAAUGUUGCAACUUUUAUUUGUCGUAUGCCUAUCCAUCAAGAUGGCUCAUGCAAUGGUUUACAGCACUAUGCGGGGUUGGCAAGGGAUGACUUGGGUGGUAGGUCGGUGAAUUUACUUCCACUGGAAACAAAAAUGGAUGUCUAUGUUGAAGUUAGGGAUCUUGUAGAAAAGAAAAUACGCAACGAUAUUGGAACGCAAUUGGCUGCGCCCGAGGAAGUCGCGAAAGCAAAAUUGAUUCUUCAAAUCUUGGAUCGUAAAUUGGUAAAGCGACCAGUAAUGACAACUGUUUACGGUGUCACAAGGUAUGGUGCAUCUGAGCAGAUUUAUUCUAGAAUAAAAGAGAUGAUUAAUGGUAUUGAGCAGAAUCCAGCGAAAUCUAGUGCAGAUGAUGUAUUAUUAUCCAGACUCAAGACUUUUCAGCAAAGGGAUGCUACUUAUCUUGUGGAGAAAAUCUUUGCAGCAAUCGAUGAGUUGUUUAAGAAUGCUAAAAGGAUCGAAACAUGGCUUACCCAUACUGCCAAUAGGAUCAAUACAAGCUAUAAUGUUAAAACACUUGACUAUCUAUGUAGGCUGAAACGGUCUUUGAAAGAUACCUAUAUUACAAACCCAGUGAACUUGGCACCUAUUAGUUGGAUCUCGGUCUCUGGUUUCCCGGUUAUUCAAGUGUACCGAGAUAUGCCCAAAGUGCAAACACAAGGAGUUUUGGGCAGCACCUCAAGAGAUGCAAGUGAAAACUUUGCCCCAAUGGAUAGAAAAAAGCAUGAAUUGGCUAUUGCUCCUAAUUUCAUACAUUCAUUGGAUGCCUCACAUAUGGCAAUGACUUGUGCUGCGGCUGCUGCGGAGAACCCAUCACUCGUAUUUGCAUCAAUUCAUGAUUCUUACUGGACUCAUGCUUGUGAUGUGGAUCGGUUAUCAGUAAUUUUGAGAGAACAAUUUGUCGAGAUGUACUCAUUUGAUUACAUGGAAGUUGUCAAACGUGACUUUGAAAGGCAAGUGAGAAACUCGUACCAAAUGGUGUAUUUCGAAAAGAAAGGUAAUGGUGAAUUGUAUCGUAAAGUUAAGGAAUUUAGAAAGCAAUAUGGGGAAUCCAAAAUUAAGCAUCAGUUGGAGAUAGAGUUGAGGGAGUUGGAUAAAGUUGGGUAUCAGAAUCAUACGAUACUGAUGUUGCUUGAAGAGAAUAUGCCUGAUUUGUAUUAUGUCUUGGGUAAGAAAAACUUCUUAUACUCUAGUGCAUUCCCCAAAGAGGUGAACCAUGAGAUAACUGAUAAAGUACCCGUGUUUGUACCAGUAAAAAUCCCAGACUUGCCGAAAAAGGGUGAUUUGGACAUUGAACAGGUUUUGGAAAGUAGAUACUUUUUUUCAUAG